AUGUCUGCUGCAGGGGGGCUGCUGCUGCUGUUGCUGCUGCCCUGGGAGGCGCCUGCGUCUCUGCAGAGCAGGAAAGAGUCCGUGAUCCUGUCCCACAAGGAGAACGGGGAGACCUGCAAAGAUAAUUCUGAGUGCCAGACCAACUGCUGCGUCCGCACCAGCCAGAACCCGCAGAAGUUCUGUACCACCCCAAACCUCUUCCAGCAGUGCCUGCCCUGGCGGAAGGUGGGCCCCUCGGCCACUCGUGCUCCCCGCCACGAGGAAUGCUACAGCGACUGCUGCGUGCAGAACAGCAUCGUGUCCGGGACCUACUGCACCCGCAAGGCCAUCCUGAACUGCGUGUCCUGGCGCAAGCCCGAUGGCUUCCUGUGCCACCAACACAAAGAGUGCCGGAGCCAGUGCUGCAUCCAGGUGGGCGAGACCAGCCCCACGCGCUGCCGCCCGCGGACCGGGUUCCUGGCCAAGUGCCUGCCGCUGGUGGGUGCGGGCGCGGGCGGCCUCGCGGGGUCCCACAGCCCGCCACCAUUCCUACAGCAAUUCCGCUGCGUGGCUCUGCGCCCUGAACACUGGGGCCUCCGUGCACUGUACCAGCCGCUGCUUUCCAGAACCCUGUUGAAAUAA